AAAUGGCUCAAGAAGAGAUGGAAGUUGAUCUCCAAGCAGAGGCUGGUUCCUCUACAGAGAAUUCCAACACACUUUCCACAGAGCCCGCUGGUCAUGCUGUGUUGUCAUCCCAGGCACUGGCCCUCAGUGAAGGAGAUAGUGCUGCAGCUCUUCUUGCUGAUGACACUGUUGUCACACCAAAUGCUGGUACAGAGGAAGCAGCUGCUGAGCCUGACCCGCAGUUGUGUCCUGUCACGGCUCCCAGUGUACUCCAAAGGCUGCAAGGGGUACAGGUCAUGCAUCUGUGGGUCAGGAGAGGUCGCAGCCACCAGCGACUUGGUGGUUCCCAGAGGACAAUCAGUGGCAGGGCAGCAUUGGACAGUUACUUUGGAUUCAGCAGGACCCAGCAGCCAGCUGCAGGACAAGUUCCGCAUAUGGAGCCCUUGCAUACUGCAGGGGACAGCCAGGAACAGAGCUCAGAUGAAGCAAUAGAUUUAAAUGAGACUCAAAGCAGCAGCUCUACUGAGGAAGAGGAGGAAGAGGAAGUGCUGGGGGCUGCAGCACUGCCCAGUGCUAUGGCAUCAGCCCCGGAGAUACCUCUGACAGGUAGCUUGGGAGCUUCCAUUCAGACCCAAGCAGAGCCACCUCAAGAGUUGUUGCACGCUUCUUCAGUACACAGAAGUCAUGAAAGUGAGGAGGCUGAAGUCCAGAGAGUGCCGCUAAAGGGGCUGGAGCCAUCUGUUCCUGUUGCAGCACUGGAUGAGGAGGAAGGGGAUACCUGUGCAAUUUGCUUUGAGCAGUGGACCAGCAGUGGGGACCACCGUCUCUCAGCACUGCGGUGUGGACAUCUGUUUGGCUACACAUGCAUCAAAAAGUGGCUCAGGGGACGGGAAGGGAAGUGCCCCCAGUGCAAUAAGAGAGCAAAAUCUUCUGACAUUGUGAUCCUUUAUGCUCGCACUCUGAAAGCGCUGGAUACCAGUGAGCAAGAACAGAUGAAAAGCUCCCUAAGACAGGAGCAAAUGUUGCGGAAACAGGCAGAGCUGGAAUCUGCACAGAGCCGUCUCCAACUGCAGGUUUUGACUGACAAAUGCAGCAAGCUCCACAAACAAGUUCAGGAGCUGAGGGCUCUGAUGGCCCAGCACAAUGCAAAUGUUUCCGAGCAACCUGUCAGCUCCCGUAUCUGCCUUCCAGGCAGCCUUCCCUCCAGCCAAAGCCAGUGCAAGUACAACCUGAAAAAGACUUUCUUGGUGUCUCAGUCUGGGAAAUGCAGAGUAAUGGCAUACUGUGACUCGCUGAGCUGCCUUGUGGUAUCACAGCCUUCUCCAGAGUCUACUUUAAUUCCUGGUUGUGGUGUUAAGAUGCUGAGUGUGGCCGAUCUGAGGAGCAGUCAGUACAUCCCCAUCCACAGUAAACAGAUUCGGGGCCUCGCUUUCGGUGGUCGAGCAGAUGGCUUGCUGCUCUCUGCUGCUCUGGACAAUGCUGUUAAGCUUACCAGCUUGGCAACAAAUACCGUCGUACAGACAUACAACACUGGCCGCCCUGUCUGGAGCUGCUGCUGGUGUCUCGAUGACACAAACUACAUCUAUGCUGGGUUGGUCAAUGGCUCUAUCAUGAUAUAUGAUUUGAGAUACACAAACUCUCAUGUCCAGCAACUAGUCCCACAGAAGUCUAGGUGUCCCAUGGUGUCGUUGUCCUAUCUGCCCCGGAUGGCCUCAGCUUCACUACCCUACGGUGGAAUUUUAGCUGGGACCUUGGAAGGAGCCUGCUUUUGGGAACAGAAAGCUGGCAACUCUUACCAGCCUCAUCACCUGCCACUGGAGGCUGGAGGAUGCAUUGAUCUUCAGGCAGAGAUCAGCACACGGCACUGCCUCGCAACAUACAGGCCCAGUAAAAGUAAUCCAUGUGUGCGUUGUGUGAUGAUGGAGCUGACUUGCAGCCCACUGGCAGAGGCCUCUAAAGACCUUGUGUGUUCUUCUAAUCUGGUUCAGGCUUUCAGUGCUGGGCCCAUCUGCAAGCUGCUGACCAAGAAUGCCAUUUUCCAGAGCCCAGAGGAGGACGGCAGCAUCUUUGUGUGUGCUGGUGAUGAGGCAUCCGCUUCUGCCCUGCUAUGGGAUGCUGGAAGUGGGUCCUUGCUGCAGAAGCUGCAGGCUGACAUGCCUGUGCUGGACAUCUGCCCCAUGGAAGUGAACCAGGCCCACCUCCUGGCUGCUCUGACAGAGAAGAUGGUGACGAUCUACAAGUGGCAGUGAGAGUGGUCCCUAUGCCUGCCAGAGAGGCUUUCCAGAUAUGCUGCUGAUUAACCCUACACAAUGCUCCAUCCUAGACUGCUGUCCUACAGGUGCUGCUUAUGGGAGACAGGAACUGCCAUAGCCCUUUUUUUGACAGCAGGCAGAAACAGGCAUGUCCUGGUGACAGGAGCAGUUCCCUGUUUCCUCUAUCUUCCUUCUAGGCUUGCCUGUAUUUCAACUCUGUGACUCUCUCAUUUGGUCAGUUUUCUUCAGCCAAACUCUUCAAGCUGCCUCAGAACAGCAAUAAUUCUUGGCCUCUCUCUAGUGUGUGUUACUGAUUUUGUUUUUCCCAGUAUGAAUAGAAUACAGGGACUUGCAAAUCUCUUCUAUGAAUCAACAAAGUAAGAGGAAACUUGAAAACCUGAGACUCCCACUGCACUUUUCCUAUGGAGUCCUGCUGUGAUUACUGGUAGUGAAGAGGUGGCAAUAUUGGCAUCUCGCUAGCAUUGC